CACAAAUCUCUAAAACAUCAAGGCCUGAGAUAGAAAUAAGAGGAAAUGCAGAAAAUUGCAGAGAAAUCCCUGUGAGGAUUGAACACAUUUAGUUGGUGCCAGUACGUUAAUGGCUGGGCUUUGCACACUUGAAUCGAUCGUAAUCGAUUCGGAAUUCCUCCCGGGAAUUUGUGGGCAGGCUGAACCCGUGAGAAAUUAGGGUUUUCCGAGGUCAGAUCUGCGCGGCAGAAAGUCAACACAAAAAUUUCCUUCAUUUAUAGAUCUUCUUCUGCAGAUGAACCUUUUCCUUCUCGAAUUCAGAUUUCGCUAAUUUGUCGAAGUUUCAGGAUUAUUAUUUAUUUUUCAUUUUUUGCUUUUCCUUCCUGUUUUGAGAGGAGGGUGAAUGGGUGAUAAAUUGGGCGAGCGAUUUUGAGCUGCUAGUGCAUUUGAUUAAUUGGAAUUGUUGGAUUUUUCGGUGGAAUUUUUGGUAAUACCGAAAACUUAGAAGAUCUUUUGUUUUUAGUUCAUCCAUGUCGUGGGCAGGCCCCGAAGAUAUUUACCUCUCGACAUCUCUUGCCAGCUAUCUCGACAAGAAACUACUAGUGUUACUUCGAGAUGGCCGGAAGCUAUUAGGGAUUCUCCGUUCAUUUGAUCAAUUUGCUAAUGCUGUUAUAGAAAGCGCUUGCGAACGUGUUAUUGUUGGCGAACUCUAUUGCGACAUUCCGUUGGGUCUUUAUAUAAUCCGAGGGGAAAAUGUUGUCUUAAUCGGGGAGCUGGAUUUGGACAAGGAGGAGCUUCCUCCCCACAUGACCCGUGUUUCCGAAGCAGAGAUAAAAAGGGCGCAGAAAGCAGACAGGGAAGCUUCUGAUCUCAAAGGUAUGAUGAAGAAGAGGAUGGACUUCCUCGAUAUGGAUUGAUCUUUGUUAUAGAGCUGUUUCUUGGAAAAAUGAUCGAUUUAUCGGAAACAUGGUAUGUCCGAGAAGGUUUUGGAAUAGAUUAUUAGUUGUCUUUUUUUGUUUUGGAAAUUGGAAGACAGACAAGUUACUUGUAAGUUAUGAACUGUGAAUUGUCUUGGUUGUUUGGAAGUAAAUUGAUGUGUCUGAAUGAUCCUUCCUUCCAUGGUGUUUUGUCGUUUGGAAGGAUGCUGGAACUAUUGUUGGGUUGUAUGUAUAGACAGACAGACACAUUGUAGUUUGCUCAUUUGGUAUUUAUGGAAAAUACUCACCAGCUCAA